CCACGCUUCGCGCCUUUCCGCUAACUCCAGAGACACCCGCUCGUCAGCCACCGGAGUUCGGACGGUCGCAGUCUUCUCAGAGUCGUACGGCCGACCCCGGGGCCGCGCGGGUGUCGGGGGGAACAUGGCGAACUCGGGCUGUGAGGACCUCCGAGGCCAGGAGGAGGAGAGUUUUCUGUACUUCGCCUACGGUAGCAAUCUGCUGACGGAGCGGAUCCACCUCCGAAACCCGUCGGCCGCGUUCUGCUGCGUGGCCCGCCUGCAGGAUUAUAAGCUUGACUUUGGCAAUUCCCAAGGCAAAACAAGUGAAACUUGGCAUGGAGGUAUAGCCACCAUUUUUCAAAGUCCUGGCGAUGAAGUAUGGGGAGUAGUAUGGAAAAUGAACAAAAGCAAUUUGAGUUCUCUGGAUAAGCAAGAAGGGGUUAAAAGUGGAACAUAUGUCCCAAUAGAAGUUAAUGUUUAUACUCAAGAAGGAAAAGAAAUAACCUGUCGAAGUUAUCAGAUGAAAAACUAUGAGAGUGCCCCCCCAUCGCCCCAGUAUAAAAAGGUCAUUUGCCUGGGUGCAAAAGAAAAUGGUUUGCCACUGGAGUAUCAGAAGAAGUUAAAUGCAAUAGAACCAAAUGACUACAAAGGAGAAGUCUCAGAAGAAAUUGAAAACAUUAUCAAAAAGGGAGAAACAAAAGCUCAUUAGGACAUAUUUUAGAUAGAAAUCUAAAUUAUAAUAGAAAAUACAGAUACUCUCUGUAUGUGCUAAUAUAUUUUCAACAUUUAGAAAAGAGAUCUCAGGUAUCUCUAUGUUUAAUAUAUUUUCAACAGUGCUCUGAAGGGAUAUCUUACUUAGGUGACUCCUUGUUUUCAGACUAAAAAGAAACUAGAUUAGAAAUUAGAUAAUUGAGGGGUGCCUGGGUGGCUCAGUUAAGCUUCUGUCUUCUGCUCAGGUCAUGAUCCCAGGGUCCUGGGAUGGAGCCCCACAUUGGGCUCCUUGCUCAACGGAAAGCCUCCUUCUCCCUCUGCCUGCUGCUCUGCCUACUUGUGCACGCUCUCUCUCUCUCUGUGUGUCAAAUAAAUAAAUAAAAUCUUAAUUAAAAAGAAAAGAUAAUUGAAAAGGAGGCCAUGAGGCACUAGAAUGCAUAACAAAUGGAUGAGGAUACUCCUUCCGUGGGCACUUAAAGUUAUUUUCAGGAGUGGAGUGUCUUCUUGUUCUGUGACAAAGGAGAGAUUUGCAACUUAAUGAUCGUGCUGGUGAAUUGCCCUGCUUUGGGAUUUUUUUUUUUAAUCAGCAUAAGAGCAAGCAAACUACAAAGACAGUUGAUAGUAAUUUUUUAAAUUUAAAAAUGGCAUACUGUUCUUAGAGAAAUAAAUGUUUUUGUGGUUUAACCGUA